UUCCUUUAGUUUAUUUUUUUGUAAUUUUUCAUUUAUAAAUAGCCUAAUGUAAAAACGUAUUAACUUGAAGUUUCAACAAACACUCACCACAAUGGUGCUUUCUAGUCCAGACUUAGACAUAAUCGAAAGUGAUCCAGAUAUUUCAUCAUCUUCUUAUGCUCCUCCACGGAAAAGAGGAAAAAAGUUUCGUAAACCAAAAGACACUGACUGGGAUGAUGAAGAAGAUGAGUAUGGAGAAGAUGUUGAAGAUGAGUAUGGAGAAAAUAAUGAUGAAGAUGGCGAAGAAGAAGAUGAAGAUGGCGAAGAAGAAGAAGAAGAUGAAGAUGGUGAAGAAGAAGAUGAUGAUGGUGAAGAAGAAGAUGAAGAUGGUGAAGGUAAUGACGAUAAAGAAGGUGUUCCUGAUCUCCCCCCGACCGAUGAGAUGAAGGAUAUCAAGUUUGCAGGAAUAACUCGAACAGAACUCCGUAAGAUGCAGGAGGGGUUGAAAUGGCAGGACGGUGAUGUGGAAAACCCGAACCAGAUGGAUUUACGGGUCGGAAGAAUUUCACAAGUCGUUCAACAUGAUUCUGAUGAUAUGUUGUACAUCUCAGAAGUUGAUAUCGGUAGUUAUGAUGAGUCCAGAUUGAUUGCGACCUCUCUGAAAGAAAGUUACAAGAUGACAGAUCUUUUAAAUAAACUUGUAGUGAUAUUAUGCAAUGUUAUUCCGCUGGACGACAGAGAAAUUAAAUCCAAAACUGGAAUGUUACUGCUUGCAACCAAAAUCAAAUACGAUGAAAAAGGAGAAGAGAUUGGCGAGCAAUUGGAGCUUUUACAACCCUGGCCUAAUUCUGUCCCUGGUGAGAGGAUUUAUGUGGAUGGAUUCCCCUUGCAAGAUCCACUGCCACCCAAGGAAGAGGAGUUUUUUGAUUUUGUAAUGAAGGAUUUCUUAGUUGACAGUACUGGAGUUGUAAAUUGGCGAGGAAUGCCUUUGAAGAUUGAAAACCAUACAUCUGCUACUAUAACAGUAGACGAUUUAAGGGAUACAUACUGUAAAAUAGACUAGACAAUGUAUUUUGAGGACUAAAGAAGAUAGUUUGGGGAAAUAUGAUAAAGGUGUGGAGGAGGUGGUGGAUAAACGCAAUAAGGAUAGAAGAUUGAGUCGGGAAACCAUGAUUUUGAUAUUGACUUUGGAUAGAAAGGUAGAGAAACUUUGUAUUUCCUUAAGGACCAGCUGUAGCUAGCUUUUUACUUACAUGUAUGUGCCUGUGCCUGUCA